AUGUCACCACAGGCAUUUGUGCUGGACGGCCUAUGGAUCGCCUUAUGUCCAUCAUUCAAGCAGCUAGUAUUGAGUCAACCGCGUCAACGAAUACCCAAACGGUGCUCGCUUCCCACGACCGGUACUGCGCCGACAUUACAUCGACGAUGUUAUAGCAGCUACCUCAGGCGGGUGAUCAAUGCCCACAACCCCAAAUCACGAGAUCGAGAAAAAGCAGACACAAAUAAUCGACACGAUGAAACUAUCCCCGACCACACAUUCGAGCCCGGAUCUACCUCCAGUCCUGACCACGCCUCAUCCCGCGACGAAGCAGAAGAAGCAGAAGAAUCAGAAGAAUCGUACGAGUUCAAUGGAUCAAGGCGGCGCAAGCAUCAUAUUAGGAAAUAUCGAACAGUCCCUGAGAGUUAUGAGAAAAAAAUCCGAUGCCAUGCUAGAGAGUAUGCUUCGAAAUGUCACGGCCAACGAGCCUAA